AUGCCAUGUGCCCACGCUUUCAUACCCUCCCUGCCUGGUUGUCAGCUCGUAGUCCCACAAACACGGCUGUGCACGGAGCUGGCCGGCCACACUGUCACAUCAAGGUGCACGGAGUUGGCCGGCCACACUGUCACGUCAAGGUGCACGGAGCUGGCCGGCCACACUGUCACAUCAAGGUGCACGGAGCUGGCCGGCCACACUGUCACGUCAAGGUGCACGGAGCUGGCCGGCCACACUGUCACAUCAAGGUGCACGGAGUUGGCCGGCCACACUGUCACGUCAAGGUGCACGGAGCUGGCCGGCCACACUGUCACAUCAAGGUGCACGGAGCUGGCCGGCCACACUGUCACGUCAAGGUGCACGGAGCUGGCCGGCCACACUGUCACAUCAAGGUGCACGGAGUUGGCCGGCCACACUGUCACGUCAAGGUGCACGGAGCUGGCCGGCCACACUGUCACGUCAAGGUGCACGGAGUUGGCCGGCCACACUGUCACGUCAAGUUGCACGGAGCUGGCCGGCCACACUGUCACGUCAAGGUGCACGGAGCAGCCAGCCCACACUGUCACGUCAGGGUGCACGGAGCUGGCCGGCCACUGUCGUCAGGUGCGCAGGUGGCAGCCACACUGUCACGUCGCGGUGCACGGAGCUGGCCAGCCACACUGUCACAUCAGGUGCACGGAGCUGGCCGGCACACCUGUCACGUCAAGGUGCAGGGCUGACCGGCCACACUGUCACGUCAGGGUGCACGGGCUGGCCGGCCACACUGUCGUCAAGGUGCACAGAGCUGGCCCGGCCACACUGGCAGAAUCCGGUGCACAGGUUGGCCGGCCACACUCUCACGUCAAAGGUGCACCAGGCUGGCCGGCCACACUGUCAAGUCAAGGUGUACGGGCUGGCCGGCCACACUGUGCCGUCAGGGUGCACAGGAACUGGCCAGCCACACUGUCACGUCAGGUGUACGGAGCUGACCACACUGUCAAGUCAAGGUGCACGGAGCUGGCCGGCCACACUGUCACGUCAAGGUGCAAGGAGCUGGCCGGCCACACUCUCACGUCAAGGUGUAAGGAGCUGGCCGGCCACACUCUCACGUCAAGGUGUACGGAGCUGGCCGGCCACACUGUCACGUCAAGGUGCACGGAGCUGGCCGGCCACACUGUCACGUCAAGGUGCACGGAGCUGGCCGGCCACACUCUCACGUCAAGGUGUACGGAGCUGGCCGGCCACACUGUCAAGUCAAGGUGUACGGAGCUGGCCGGCCACACUGUCACGUCAGGGUGCACGGAGCUGGCCGGCCACACUGCCACGUCAAGGUGUACGGAGCAGGCCGGCCACACUCUCACGUCAAGGUGCACGGAGCUGGCCGGCCACACUCUCACGUCAAGGUGUAAGGAGCUGGCCGGCCACACUCUCACGUCAAGGUGUACGGAGCUGGCCGGCCACACUCUCACGUCAAGGUGUAAGGAGCUGGCCGGCCACACUGUCACAUCAAGGUGCACGGAGCUGGCCGGCCACACUGUCACGUCAAGGUGCACGGAGCUGGCCGGCCACACUGUCACGUCAAGGUGCACGGAGCUGGCCGGCCACACUGUCACGUCAAG